CUGUGUCCCUCGGACACAGCGGAUCACCGAUCCACAGAAAGAGCCGAAGAUGUCGGCUCGGUCAUGUGAUCAGCUGUGUCCAAUUACAGCUGAUCACUGAUCAUCAGAGCACUGAUGAUCAGUGUGCCCUGAUGAUCUGUGUAGCCCCAGCACCUGUCAGUGUCCAUCAGUGCCAGCUCUGUGCUCAUCCAUGCCACCUGCCAGUGCCCAUCAGUGCCACAUUUCAGUGCCCAUCAGUGCCACAUCAAUGCCACAUAUCAGUGCCCAUCUGAGCUGCCUUUCUGUGUCACCCAUCAGUGCCAGUCAGUGCCACCUAUCAAUGCCAGUCAGUGCCACCUAUCAGUGCCACCAAUCAGUGCCACCUAUCAGUGCCAGUCAGUGCCGCCUAUCAGUG